CCGUUAUGAAGCAAUUUGUGAUAGCUGUCGUUUUAAUUAUUCUGAGAGUUUAUGUGUGUGAUGAUGAAACAGCAAUUGUUGGUACAACAAUUCAGCUUCUGUGUCAGUUUUUAAAUGGAAGCAAAUGGCAGAAAUUUGACAGCCCGACUGGUUUUUGGAAAUAUAUAUAUGAUGGUGCAAAGUACUCCGGUACCUCUUCUAGAGCCCUCACAAUAUCUAAUUUUCAGAUAGAAGAUUCUGGAAACUAUAGGUGCUUGGCCGGCAUGACCGGACCUGGAGGUAACACCACAAGGCUCAAUCCUGAAAUUCCAACUUUCAUUGAUUCAACAGUCACGUUAACCUGCACUUUAUCAGGAACAACUUUAUAUUGGUAUAUAAUAGAUAAGAAUGGAUUGCGAACAUUAUCAGACAACGACAAAUACGAUAUUUCUUCAACUAAUUCUUUGAAAAUAAUAACUAUCACAGCAGAUGAUUUUGCUAUUUACUACUGUCAGCCGCUAAAUGGAAUGAAAGGACCGCAAAUUACAGUAUCUUUAUCAGAUUGGUCUAUCUGGACAGCGUGGGGUGAUUGUAAUGCUACAUGUGGUAUUGGUGAGCGUCAUAGAACACGCAUCUGCUCGGGUACAUGUACAGGUGAAGCCGUUCAAAAAGAGUCGUGUACAGUACAAACCAAGACUGAUGGAGGUUGGUCAUCCUGGGAAAAUUCAGGACCUUGUACAGGAUCAUGCGGAAAUGUUUUACAAAAAAGGAUUCGUUUUUGUAACAAUCCUCCACGAGCAAAUUGUGGUGAAUAUUGCCAAGGAGAAGAUAAUGAUUACAUAUCCUGUUUACUUUCUGCAUGUCCAGUUGAUGGAGGAUGGACGUCAUGGAUUUCUGUGGGAGCUUGUCCUGUUACAUGUGGAACUGGACUGCAAAGUAGGACACGAUAUUGUACCAAUCCUGCACCAGAAAACAACGGAUCUCAUUGUCAAGGAGAAGAAUAUGACUACAUCUCUUGUACACGAACUGCAUGUCCGGUUGAUGGAGGAUGGUCCACUUGGAAUGCUUGGGGAGCUUGUACCGUUACAUGUGGAACUGGACAACAAAGAAGGAGACGUAAUUGUGACAAUCCUUUACCAGCCAACGGUGGCGCUAGUUGUCAUGGAGAAGAUUAUGACCUCCUCUCAUGUAAACCUUCUGAAUGUGCAGAAUCCAAUACAGAAACAGAACCAGUAGCACCCAUAGCUGGUGGAGUUGGUGGAGGUAUCAUGUUAUUAGUUAUUAUAGCAGUUGGUCUAAUAUAUAUGAAAAGAAGAAGGCGUAAGCCUCUAGAUGAUAGAGUUUCAGGAGAAAACCAAGGACUUCAGAUUAUAGACAGAAAGGUAUCAUUACGACAAGGAGGAGACCGCCAUGAGGGAAUGUAUAUCAAUAUUGCUAGAGCGAGUCGUCAGUCUUCCUCUGACACAGAUGAUGCCAUUCCGUCUUCAAGAGUAUCAACAAAAGUCAUCAACACAGAUAAAAUCAACACAUAUUAUAACAAUGCCGAUAUAUUGACCACAGUUAAAAUUGAUGAAUUAAAGGACUACAUUAAACAGAAACAAGUAAAUGAGGGCCUUCAUUCCGAGUACAAGACUAUCCCUUACGGUCCACAACACCCGACCACUACAGCACAAAAGAAAGAAAACAUGCCAAAGAACAGAUUUAAAACAACGUUCCCCUAUGACCAUACACGAGUAAUUUUGCAACCUGUACCUGGAUCUCAGCAUAUGGAUUACAUCAAUGCAAGCUUAGUUGACGGAUUUGAGAAGGAAAGCUGUUAUAUAGCAUCGCAAGGACCAUUAAAGCAUACAUUCACUGACUUCUGGGCAAUGAUCUGGCAGAACAACACCAGGAAGAUCAUUAUGCUGACUAACCUGAUGGAAGUAGCAAAGGUAAAAUGUGAUAAAUAUUGGCCUGAAGGAGGGAAGCCCAUGGCUUUGGGAAACCUUAUUCUUACUCUGCAGUCAGAAAAGGAAAGAGCAGCGUAUGUUACCCGAGAAAUAUCGGUUGAAGAUAAAAAGACAAAGGAGAAAAGAAAUAUUAUCCAGUACCAUUUCACAGCCUGGCCGGAUCAUGGAACUCCAGAUCCUCUGUACCUAGUGUUGUUUCAUAAACAUGUAAUAUCUGAUCACUCUGAUGUCGAGAGUGGGAAACUUCUCGUCCACUGCAGUGCUGGUAUUGGAAGAACAGGAACUUAUAUUGGAUUAGACGCUCUUUAUGAGGAGGGACGUGUCACAGGCUGUGUCGAUAUUGUCAAGUUUGUAAAGAAAAUGAGAUACAGUCGAAUGAAUAUGGUGCAGACUCCUGAACAGUAUGUGUGUUUGCACUAUGCCUUAUUAGAAGCUUUUACCAUGAAAGACACAAAUAUCGGAAAAGAAGAAUUUGGCAAAAUAUGGCGAGAAAUACAGUCUGAUAAACAACCAAUCAAUCAUCAAAAACUGUACAAAGAAUUUAAGAUGCUAGAAGCUAAAACAUCUGAGCAUGGAAAGUCUGAGUAUACCGCUGCAACUAGUCCAGAGAAUAUGGAGAAAAACAGAAACAAAACAAUCAUCCCAUCGGACAACAACAGAUUGUUUCUAACAACAUACGACAAAGGAAGAACUGAUUAUAUCAAUGCUGUUCAAGCUCCUUCAUACACAAAGUUUGUGGGAUAUCUGAUGACACAGCUUCCACUGCCUGAGACUAAGAUUGACUUUUGGACAAUGAUCCGGGACCAUAACUCAUCUACUAUAGUCAUGUUUAUAAAUGAACAAACGGAGGCUGAGUUGGUGUAUGCUACUUCAGACGACACAUUUUCAUGUGGGUCUUUCACUAUGAAGAUAACGAGACGAGAAAAUGACGGAUCAGAUAUAUCGUCUUGUACAGUUGUUAUGUCAAGAAAGGAUGAAAAAUCAAAGGAGAUUGUGAUAUACUAUGCUGUUUGUAGUGGUUACCCUAAGCCAAGUGUGUUGUGUAAACUGGUGAAUUUGAUAUCAACACGUGUCAGUAUGUCACAUGAUGCAGUCACUGUUGUCAGCGGUGAUGGUGCUAAAAGCUGUGGACUGUUUUGUACAUUUUCAAACGCUGUGUCCAGUAUGACAAUAGAUGAUAAUGCCGACAUAUUCCAGCUAGCUAGGCUACUGCAGUUGAGGAGACCAGAGUUUUUCGCAGAUUUUGACGAGUACCGUCUGUGUUAUGAAGCUUUGAACUUUUAUUUGGAGUCUUCAAAUGUGUAUGCCAAUUUCUGAUGAUCUGUGAAAUUGUAAGCCUUCAGAAAGAGAUAUAUUAGAUACAAUGAUAUAAUAUAUUUCUAACAAUAUCAGAGGAUGCUUAACAUAUGUUUGUAUUAAUGCAACGACUAAUGUUCAAUUACUUAUUUUGAAGACUCAAACGUGUAUACAAUUGCACCAGUAUAUUCGGAGCCAAAGAAAUUUGAUUUUUGUUUUGCUAAGCUACCGAGUAACAAUGUAAUAUGUAGUUCCAAAACAAUGUGGAGGAAAUACACUUUUCUUUCCAUACGAAUUGCAAACUUGUAAUUACAUGUUCAGACGUAGCUAUGGUUCGAUAAUCUGAACUAGAAGUUGCACUGAUAUUAUGUUUUAGUGUAGAUAGAUUUUUAAUUUUGUAAUGUUUGAUUUUAGAUUUAAAAUCUGUAUUGCAGACCAGUGAUAAUUCUGACUCAAUAUGAGUCAAUUUAUAUACGAUAGCAUUCCGUUUUCAAUCUCUCAAAUAAUCUAAUAAUUGAGAUUCAUAUGCGAAUACUUUUUGAGAAAACCUUAUUUGAGACCAAUUCAAUAGACAACUUUCGAGUUCGUUGCAUUUCCGUCAAAAAUUUGGUUUUAGUGAACAUCAUUCGUGCGUUUAGGGGCGUCGUCACUUCCGUUUCUAUGUUGAGCGAUUGGUUGAAAAAAUGAUAAUGCUAUAUUGCACAAAUUAUUCGGCAAAUUAAAUUCUUAUGAUUGAUAAUCAGCACUGCUGUCAUUAGGGAAUUGUGAUUAAGUACUUACGGAACAAAUAUUAUUUCUAGUUUAUCCUGCAUAUUGACGAUCACAAAGACGCUUGAUGAUCUUUAAUAGAGCAGGGAUACAGGCGAUCCCCUCUAUCUGGUAAAUGACGUCACAAAGGCGCACAAAAUUGACGAACUUUUCCGGUGAAGGACAUAACUCGAAAGUGGUCUAUUACUCUCAAUUCGACGAAUUAAAACCUAGAUAAGAUAUUUUAUACGUCCUAGACAAAGGCAUUCCAUAGAAAUCUCUAAUCUUUGUGAAAGAUCAGCUGUCUCUUAAUACCGGUUUUUAUAAUCCCUCUCGCAGUGGAUCACAAAGUUCUUUGCUCUCUUACGUAAUACAGGCGUAAAUCAACUGAAGUGAAAUUCAAAAAUAUUCGAAAAUGGUACAACUCAACUUGUAUGUUUAGGUGUUCUUCUAUUUAUUGAGUUCAAGUGUUUGAAAAAUUUGAAGAAUUUUGUUAAAAUGGUGAAUGAAUAAUCUUUUAUAAAAGGUCGUGUUACUUAAUCACCCACAUAUUUUCUUUAAUGCCAAAUAUCUCUUGUAUGUCAAGCAGUGUCUCUGUGGACAGCACUUGUUACGAUGAAUACCAUGUGACUGACGUUUAGGUUAUCUCCUGAUAGUUCGCUCCUACUUUUCACUUUACACUGAGUUUUUUUCGAACAUGUCUUUUUUGUGUGAGAUCAUCGAUUGUUUACAGUACAGAUGUUUAUUACUACAAUUAAUAAUACAAAAAAUGAUUUUGACUUUUUAUAAGAGUACUACUGAGUUGUUGUAUAUAAGUUCAUUUUUAUGUAUUUUGUGAUUUCCAAUAUAUAUGCAAUUUUUAUGCAUAAAUGUGAUGUAAAUUUUUAUCCCUUGUAGCAGCUUUGUGUUUCAGACGCACCAGUUUCUUUCAAUUUUCGAUCAAAGGGUCGGUCCCUAGCAGAGAUGAGGCUAACAACCCAAGUACGAAUAACAAUGCAUCCAAAAUUACAUAUUAACAAAACCGUAGAAACAAAGUCCUUUAAAAUACGCAUGCAAUUUGUCACAUUACACAUAUUUUCACGCCGUCUUGUUUGUCCAAUUUGUCAAUGCUAUGAUAAUAUCGGGGAGUAAACCUUCACCAACAAUCGACAUUAUGACUGUACUGAGAGCAUAUAUAAUGAAGGACUACUGAUUUUAGUUUACGUUACGCUUAAAGUCAUUUUAAUAUUUUGUGCAUUUAAUUUUUGGAGAAAAUUUUUUAAAUGAGGAUCUAGGAUCAGUCAUGAAGACUUUAAAAUACAUCGAUUGCAUUUAUUACCCAUUUUCUUGUUGGGUAUUUUAUACAAUAUUGCCCUCUGAAUAUUUCUCUAUAUAUGUUUCAUCUUCAACGAUCCAAGGCCAGUAAUGAAGCCUUUUUGUAGCUACCUGUUUAAAAUGGAAUAACCUCUAAACAGUUAUGUCAACCGGAAUGCAUUGAGACACAUCCUGAUUAUUAUAAUUAGUCAGUUUUUUUCAUUUGUUGAUAUUAAGAAGUAUUUAAAGAUAAGCCAUUAUGUAAAUCUGCAUUAUAAAAACAGUAUGUAUAUAUUUGUUUAACCGUGCAUAUGGUUUGUUUUAUUUAGUACUUGCAGUAGAUUUGCCUUGCAGAAGAUAUUUGACAAUAUCAAUUUGUUUUAAGAUAAUCAUUUAUUACAAGUAAUAUCAUAACAAUAGAAGCAAUUGAAAAGGUGUAUUUAUAACUUUGUUUUAGAUCUCCGACUAACGGUCUUUCACACUGUCAAUACUCGAAACAAUGUUUUAUACCUUAUCUAAAAUUGGAUCCUUUAUAACUUUUCCAUUUAUGUCUAUUAUCACAUAUUGCCAUACACGAUCUCUAUUUUGUUUGCUAUAUCUUUAAUUAGCUUAAUAAGCAAGAAAUAAAUACAACAGUUUAAUACUUUACGCAAACAAGGCUUAUGCACAGUUUUGGUGCAUUGUAACCGUUAUUGGUAAAUAAAUAAAGCAUAACUAAUGGGG